UCCUUCUAUGGAGGAGGUCACCAUUUAUGUCUUUGCCCCAUCAAACCUCCAUAUGACCAUCCUUACUGGGCAGCUGCAUACCCCACUUCUUCCUCCCCACAACUUACAAACACAAAUGUUUCAAUCACUCCUACGUCUUUGCUGAGCUAUGAGCCACAGGAUUCAGACGAGGAAUUGGAAGAGAUAAUUUCAGAGAAGCUGUCUGGCCUGGAAGAAACACUCAAGCAAUUCAUGCAAGUGUCCGAUGCAAGGAUGCAGAACAUGGAGAAUCAAUUGGGACAGAUUGCAAAGGCUUUAUCUGAGAAGUCCGAGACAUCCCAUUCUAGCGACACAGAAGCCCAACCUGAGGAGACCAAUAGGGAUGAUAAUAUGAGAGAGUCGGACUUCGAAGGUGGGAAUAUGAUGGAUGAUACCCUCCUAGAUGCUUUUGAAGACCCUGAUGAGAACGGUGUUAACGAGAGUUGGGAUGCCUUCAUGGGGAGUGAUACAGAGUCCAGAGGAGAGGUUGUGAAUUUUCAUGAUAUUUGUGAGGAAGAAGAAGACUUUUCUAUGGUGCAGUUUGAUUACGGUGUUGCUCCUACUCCUUGCUUGGAGACAUGUUUUGAGCUUCCGGUGAUGCCUAGAGUAAUCAAAGUUUUAACUCAUGUUCCCUAUCCACCUGAAGAAGAUGAGAGUUUCAUACUUCACUUCUGUGCUGAUGAGGGUUAUGAAGACCAUGUGCCGCCUUCGCAUAUUCGAGAAUUUGAAGGAUAUGCGCCACUUAAUGGCAUUUGUUGAGGGGAAGCUGGAAACGUUGAUUACUAGUGCACCAUUACAGUCUUUGCUAUUUGAGAGCUUACGAGGUAUUGUCGGGCAAAUGAUGUUAAAAAUAGCGCUUCUUGGGA